AGGACAGGGUUGGGGGUAAACAUCACCGGCAAGGGCCUGAGCGGGGAAGGGAAUGGAGGGCUUCCACAGCACUGAGUGUGACAGGGCAUCCGAGACCUCGUCCUUCAUAGGAGAUGAAGAAGAAGAAGAGGAGGAGGAGGAGGAGGAGGAGGAAGAGGAGGGAGGUGCUGCCGCGGCCCAGCAGACCCGCUGCCUGUUCUGCGACAGGUUGUUUAGUUCUCCUCAAGCUGUGUUCUCCCACUGCAAAACAGAGCAUCAGUUUGAUGUUAGUCAUGUGAUCCAGAAACACGGACUUGAUUUUUAUGGAUACAUUAAACUAAUAAACUUUGUCAGAUUGAAGAAACCAACUGGAGCAUAUUUGAGCUCUCUUAGCAGCCCACUGCCUUGGGAAGGAGAGGAAUAUUUGAAACCAGAACUGGAAGAUGAUCUCCUGCUUCAGUUUGACGUUGAAGAUCUUUGUGAACCUGUAAAAGUUUUGCCUUCUAAUGGUUUAAGUGAUACUUUGGUGCUCCUUGAACAAUUAAAACACACGGAACACAGAGCCAGAGCCGCAGAAGCAGCCUUGGCUAGAGCACAAGAUGAUCUUCAGAAAAUGAAACAAUUUGCUCAGGAUUUUGUGAUGAACACGGAUGUCAGGAGCAGCUCAUCAUCCAGCACCAUUGCAGACCUUCAGGAGGAUGAGGAUGGCGUUUACUUCAGCUCCUAUGGGCAUUAUGGGAUACAUGAAGAGAUGCUAAAGGAUAAAGUCCGUACGGAGAGCUAUCGUGACUUCAUCUAUCAAAACCCACAUAUCUUCAAGGACAAGGUAGUUUUGGAUGUUGGCUGUGGAACUGGAAUACUCUCCAUGUUUGCUGCCAAAGCAGGUGCCAAGAAGGUGAUUGGAGUUGACCAAUCUGAAAUCAUCUAUGAAGCCGUGGACAUCAUUAGAUUAAAUAAACUUGAAAAGAUUAUUACAUUAGUCAAAGGAAGAAUCGAGGAAGUUCAUCUGCCUUUGGAAAAAGUGGAUGUAAUUAUAUCUGAAUGGAUGGGUUAUUUCCUUCUCUUUGAGUCAAUGCUGGAUUCUGUCAUCUAUGCAAAGGACAAGUACCUGAAAGAGGGAGGCUCAGUUUAUCCUGACUUGUGCACCAUCAGUCUGGUAGCUGUUGGGGAUAUGAAUAAACACAUGGACAAGCUGCUUUUCUGGGAAGAUGUGUACGGCUUUGACAUGUCUUGUAUGAAGAAAGCUGUCAUUCCAGAGGCUAUUGUGGAGGUUCUGGAUCCAAACACACUGAUAUCUACAGCCAGUGUCAUUAAGCAUAUCGACUGUAAUACUGCAUCCUCUCCAGACUUGGAAUUUUCUUCUGUUUUCACCCUGAGCAUUACAAUGAGCACACAGUGUACGGCAAUUGCCGGUUACUUUGAUGUAUUUUUUGAGAAGGACUGCAACUACAAGGUCUUGUUUUCAACUGGUCCCCAGUGUACCAAAACACACUGGAAGCAGACAGUUUUUCUCCUGGAGAAGCCAAUUCCUGUAGAAGCAGGAGAGGCCUUGAGAGGAAAGAUCACAGUCCGCAAAAACAGAAAGGAUCCGCGGUCCCUCUUCAUCACCCUCUCAGUGAAGGACACACAGCAGACCUAUAGCCUUCAGUGAAUCUCUGUCCAUGUCUGGGAGCGGUUCAAUUCGAAUGCUGCAUUUCACUGCUGAUAACUGUUCUGAAAUACCCAAAAAUGGUAAACUCUUGAGUUUGUGUGUAUGUGCACACACAAGAAUACGGAAAAGUUACCUAGAAGUGAGAUUUACAACAAACUCAGAUUCUGCUGUGUCACAUGGUGUGAGGAAAGCAAGAAAGAUGAGUUUGGGUUACCUGAGACUGCUAGGUGAGAAAAUAUGAGCCUAAAGUCUUGCUGUAAGGAAAAUAAAUAUGAUCUCUCAACAGUGUUUUAUUCUUCCACUGGCAAAAUCCUUGUAUAUUAUUUUUUUGUGAAAGAAGCAGCUAAAUCAUGUGUCAGUGCAUCUCAACAGUAGAUGGAAAAUCCCAACGGGAAUAAUUUUGUAAUUCCAACUGCAAGAUUGCAACAACAAAGAUGGUAUUUUUACUACACUUCUGCAAUUUAAAAGUUGUUGACGUUUCAGUUACAUUUGUCUAAAUAAAUAAACCUAGUGUGAUACAUAAUGCAGUUGCUGCUUUCCUUGUGUUCUGUGUAAUUGGAAAUCCUGUCUAUCCUGUGAUGGCUCAUUUAUUUAUGCCUACAGUUUUUUCUCUACUAACCUGUUGGGGCA